UGCGACCCUGCGACAUAGUAAGCAGACCGACUAUAGCUUGGCCACCGCACAAAACUCUAGGCAAGUCGUGCCUCGCACUGCCUGAUUGCUCUCGUGAGAACAACCUAGACAGCAACCCCAAACUUCACCGUCAUGGCACGAGUGAAAACAGCAAUCGUCUCGCCGGGCGAGCCAGAUCCUCAGACCAAGGCUGUUUAUGGCUCAGGAACGACCAUACUCCGCAUCGGCAAUGGAGGAGCCGGUGCCACAGGUCUCCUCGAGGCGCUUUGCGUCGACUAUCUUUCAACUUUACCCUCGCCAGCCUCGAUAACCUGGGUGGCCAACCACUCCCGCCACACCCAGCUCGCCCUGAUGUAUGACUACAUUGACAUCGCUCUGACAUACGAGCGCAAGGAGGAAGCACUAGCCGAGGCGGAAGGCUGGUCCGUUACCCACGGCCCAGUGUUCCACGACCACUUUUGCAUCGUGGGGCCUGUGUCUGAUCCCGUGGGGAUUCGCUCGGCGCGUUCGCCGCACGAGGCCCUCGCCAUGAUUGCGCGGAGUCGGCACCUCUUCCACAGUCGGCGAGACGGUUCAGCGACGAUGUGGAAAGAGGAAGACCUCUGGAGCUACUGUGGGCUCAAGCCCUGGACCGACGACGCCGAGAACGGGGACUGGUUCAAGAAGUCACACCUGCCUCCAGCAGAGGCGCUGAUCGGGGCGGACCAGGCAGGCGCCUACCUCGUCACUGACCGGUCCACGCUCCUCCGGCAGACUGGGCUGCGGACAAUCAGCAACUCGACUGUCUUCUUCGAGCCGACGUCCGAGUACCACUAUUUCAUGAACAGCUGCUGUGCACUGUCCUCGCCGUCCGCCUCUCCAGAGACGAAGAAGCAUGUCGCCAAGUUUAUAGAAUAUCUCAAGUCACCACGCGGGCAGAAGGUAGUUGCGGGCUAUGGCAUUGGCGACGGCUGGGCCUUGUUCGCCACCCUGGAGGAAAAGUACGCAAAGGCCAUGCUGAGGCGCGGACGGCCCAAGGAUGGACGAUGGGUCAUGCCAUCGGCGUUGUGAGGGUUUAUUUAUGAUGGCUCUCUUCAUAGUCUAGCAAUUGCAAUUGCACCUGUUCGCUUUUCCUCUCGA